AUGAACUUGCAAUUUCUUCCUUGUCUGUCGCGAGAUUUAGGACAAUUACUUGCAAACACUGACACAUCUGAUGUCAUCAUUCGAGUUAGAAAGAAUGAUGUUGACGAGGACAGCAAGGAGGAAUGUGUGUUUAGAGCACAUUCUCAAAUUAUCAGGGCUAGAUGCAGGAAACUUGGAGAAUUGAUGGAUAAGGAGAAAAGUGCUAAAGAUGGAAUCGAUGGAAAGAAGCUGAAUGAAGUGGUUAUCACCUUGUCCGAUAUGACGUCCAAGACAUUCAGGGUAUUGUUAGAAUACAUAUACACGGGAAAAUUAGCAAUAGUAAACUUUUCACCAUCCGAAGUCAUCUCGCUUCUCGCCACUGCCUCGGCCUAUUCUCUAUUCGACAUAAUCUCUUACAUUCAAACGCAACUCAUUUCACAGACAGCCGCAUGGAUCUCGCAAAACUCGCUUGGCCUUUACCUCCGCUUUCGUAACGAUACUUCAUUCGAGGUGCUGACAACACAUUGCAAGCAAGUUAUGCGGAAAUCCCCAUCGUCCGUGAUGAAGAAUGAAAAAUUCAUAAUGAUGGACAAGGAAUCGGUUAUAGAAUUGGUGCAGUGUGCAGAGAGGAAAAUGGAAGCUGUAGAAAUAUGGGAAUCUGUGCUCGACUGGGGAAAAGCACAAGCUAACAUUGAAGAAGCAGACUGUGAUAAGUGGACGCUUGAAGAGAAAGAAAGGAUUGCGGAAAUAUUGGAGGAUGUUCUCGUUAGAGUGCGAUUUUCUCAAAUGUCGUCUACUGAUAUUCACUCCAAAGUCAUGCCGUACGUUGAUAUUCUUCCCCGGGUUUCUAAAAAUCUUCUCGACUACAAAGAAAAAAAGCCCACAACAAAGAGGGACAGUGAGGACGAGGGGGAAAAAAGGGAUUCAAAGGGUAUCGAGACAGGACUGCAUGACGAUGAGAACGAUUUACGAAAAAGUGUUGGUGGCUCAUACAAAGAAAAGACAAAAGGCAAUCGUGUAGAAGGCAUCAUAGUAAUGCCGGGAGCAGCAGUGGUCAGAUCUGUGAAUAAUCCGUCUCCAGCUGCAAAAACAUCUACUAUGGUUACUCUGACUGGCUCAAUAUCGUCUCAGUUCCAGCUUUCACCUCCAUCCUCGCCAUCAUCCACGUUUCCACUCUCGUCUUCCAAGAAUAAGAUAUUUCCACUUAUCCAAACAAUCUCUACAUACAAUAUAUUUUCCACAAAACCACAACGAUCACUUCGCACUCCCCCCAUUUCACCCAUUCGCAAACAUUUCUCCUCUCCUACACCUCCGCUCAGCUCUACCCUCAUCAACGACCAUCAUACAGGAUGGGUAAGCGCAUGUAUUGAUUAUUUAAAUGUCAUCCAAGGAGAAGAACAUACCAUGUACAGUCGAGAGAACAAUCCAUAUAAAUACGAGUUACUUUUACGGGGAAGCAGAGACGGAUUCACAAGCGUAGCAUUUCAUAAACUAUGUGAUAACAAAGGACCGACGGUGAUGGUACUAAAAAUUAUGGGCACAAGAGAAAUCAUCGGAGGCUAUUCUCCUCUAGACUGGACCUCCCCAUUCCUAUGGAGGUAUGGUUCCACAUCUGAUAGUUUUCUCUUUAGUUUUGCAUACGGAGAGCUGAAAAAUGCCGUCCUGAGUCGGCCAAAGGAUAAAUCAACAGCAAUAAAAUGCCGCAAAUCGAAUGGUCCGGUAUUUGGAUAUGGCCCCGACUUGUGCAUGUGGAGCGACGAGUAUGAGAAAAAGUGGUGUUGUUAUCAGUGUUCGUAUGAGCCAAGUAUUAGGUUUGCUGAUGGAGAGUUUUGGAUUGAUGAAAUGGAAGUGUUUGCCGUUAAACAGAGAAAGUAG